AUGGCCGGGCCGGGCUUUGGGGGCCACCCCGUCGGACCCCUCCUGCUCCUGCUGCUGCUGCUGCCCCAGGCCCUGGUGGAGGGACCCUUGGUGUUCGUGGCUGUGGUGUUCCGCCACGGAGACCGGGCCCCGCUGGCCUCCUACCCCGCCGACCCGCACAAGGAGGCCGUGGCCGCGCUGUGGCCGCGCGGCCUGGGCCAGCUGACCGCGGAGGGGGUCCGCCAGCAGCUGGAGCUGGGCCGCUUCCUGCGGAGCCGCUAUGACGCCUUCCUGAGCCCCGAGUACCGGCGGGAGGAGGUGUACGUCCGCAGCACGGACUUCGACCGGACGCUGGAGAGCGCUCAGGCCAACCUGGCGGGGCUGUUUCCCGAGGCCGGCCCGGGGCGCCCCGAGGCCGCCUGGAGGCCCGUCCCCGUGCACACCGUGCCGCUCGCCCAGGACAAGCUGCUGAGGUUCCCCACGCGCAGCUGCCCCCGCUACCAGGAGCUGCUGCGGGAGGCCACGGAGGCCGCGGCGUACCGGAGGGCGCUGGAGGGCUGGGCGGACUUCCUGCCUCACCUGGAGAACUGCACGGGGCUGUCCCUGGUUGGGGAGCCGCUCCGCAGGGCGUGGAAGGUUCUGGACACGCUGAUGUGCCAGCGAGCCCACGGGCUCCCGCUCCCAUCCUGGGCCUCCCCGGAUGUCCUGCAGACACUAGCCCAGAUCUCCGCCCUGGACAUCGGGGCCCACGUGGGCCCACCCCGGGCAGCAGAGAAGGCCCAGCUGACAGGGGGGAUCUUGCUGGACGCCAUCCUUGCUAACUUCUCUCGGGUCCAGCGCCUGGGGCUGCCCCUCAAGAUGGUGAUGUACUCGGCCCACGACAGCACCCUGCUGGCCCUCCAGGGGGCCCUGGGCCUCUACGACGGGCACACCCCGCCCUACGCUGCCUGCCUGGGCUUCGAGUUCCGGAGGCGCCUGGGGGACCCCGAGGAGGACGAUGAAGAUUCAGGGAAUGUCACCGUCUCCCUCUUCUACCGCAACUCCACCGGCCUGCCCCUCGGCCUCAGCCUCCCCGGCUGCCCAGGCCCCUGCCCACUAGGACGCUUCCGCCAGCUGACCGCCCCGGCCCGGCCCCCAGCCCACGGGGUCCCCUGCCACGGCGCCCCGGAGCCUGCCUCUCCCACAGCCACCAUGGUGCCCCUGCUGGCUGGGGCUGUGGCUAUGCUGGCGGCGCUCUGUGCGGGGCUGGGGCUGCUGGCCUGGAGACCCGGCUGCCUGCGGGCCUGGGGAGACCCCGUGUGA